UCAGCUGUGAGCUUGACAGCCUGCGUCGUUCCGGCCGCGCAGAGCGGACGGCCAUCCCCGGCACGGCAAGAGCCUCGCUCUUUCUCUCCUUUUUUUGGGUUUAAACCGAGGAAGAACUCGCCAUGGGACCGCCCUGGCUGUGAGCAUCCCCUGCCUCCCAAGAUCUUUGACUUUGCCUUUUACGAUGAAAAAGGUACAUGGGAGAGAGACAAAAAAAAAAUGAGCCUAAUGGAUAUCACUAAAAUGUUCUCCAUGCUCCAGCCCAGAGAAGAUGAAGAAGACAACGGAGAAAGCGAGGAGCUGAACCGAGCAGUAUCCGAGGACAAUUACCAAACCCUCGAUAACCUCUUGUCCCAAGACAGGUACAAGAGGUUCAUCAACCGCAGGAGCGGCUGGGGGGUACCCAGCACCCCCCUGCGCCUGGCUGCCACCUGGGGCCGCGUCAGGAGCCUGAAGGUCCUCUUGGCCCACGGGGCGGAGGUGGACAGCCUGGACGUGAAGGCUCAAACCCCGCUCUUCAUGGCGGUCAGCAACGGCCACCGGGAGUGCGUGAAGGUCCUUCUGGACGCGGGGGCCAGCCCCGUCGGCAGCAUCUACAACAACUGCUCACCGCUGCUCAUCGCCGCCAGGGAUGGCAACGUGGACAUCCUGCGGCAGCUCCUGGACCACGGGGCAGAAACCAACGUUCAAGCCAGGCUGCCCGAGUGGGCUGCCAACUCGGUGGCUUGUUCCGGUCCCCUCUACCUUGCCGCCGUGUACGGGCAUCUGGAGUGCUUCAAGACGCUGUUGCUUUACGGGGCCGACCCCAACUAUAACUGCACGGAGGAGAGGAUCAUUGCCCAGAUCAAGGAGCCCAAGACUCUGCUGGAAACCUGCCUGAGGCACGGCUGCCGGAGCGACUUCGUCAAGCUGCUCAUUGACUUUGGAGCCAACGUCUACUUGCCCAACCUCAUGGUGGGCGAGACGCAACCCCGCAGUGAGGGCCUGGAGCUGCUGCUGCAGGCGAGAGCUCAUCCCAAAUCCUUGAUGUCUCAGUCCCGGCUGGUGAUGAGACGCCUCCUGAAGCAGGCUGGUCGCCCGCACGCCCUCGGCGAGCUGGAGAUCCCGACCGUCCUGGUGAACUACCUCCAACACCAACCGUGACCAUCCGCCACCAGAGAUACCUGCCCCGAGCACGCACCCAGCGCCCAAAUUAAAACAGCUCUGACACUUGCGCGCUAUGAAACCACCGUCAAUUUGUGGUCGCAAAGUCAUUUUUGCUUAUGAGGCGUCUCCAAAAAGCGGUGCCCAUGCGGAAAGAUGGGAAGGGAGAAAACAGAGGAGACCUCGGCUCCAGCUCUGCAUCAGGGCGAUGGUAGAACAGGAUCGGAUGUAGCUGGGUUUGGCUUUAAGCCCUUCUAACUGAAGGAUUCUACACUUUUAAUUGAUGCCGGUUGGAAAAGGGGCUGGGAAAAGGCGCGGAGGCCAAGGAGCAAGGGCUGCUUUCGCCUCCUCCCCUCUGGACGCGCAGGAAGGAUGGAGGCACCACCUGGCUUCGUGCCCACGGGCUUCCCCACAGCGCGGCCUCGGCUGCCUCUAAACCCGCUUUCCUGGAGCCCUUUCCAAGUGCCUCCUCCCUUCGGCAGCCCGGCGAGGGCUCCGGAACACCUGGCCGUGCAUGCCCAGCCUGUGGCCACCGAGUCACCAUCCCCGGGCCACUCCUGGUCCCCGGGACAAGGGGGUGCAAAGCCCGGCAGGGGCUGGGAUGUGUAUCCAGAGGUCAGAGUCCCCAGACUCUCAUUUCCUCGCCCCAGCUCUGCCUUUAACCAUCAUCUUCCUCACCUCAGAAGUGGUUCAUGUUAUGGCCGAGGGGCCUCUUGUGGUUGGGCAGGGUCUUUUUUUUUAUUUAAUUAAAAAUGU